UUGUGUUUACGAGGGGUACCAUGAUACGAGGACGAGGAGGGCUAUAAAAUCCGAAUUUGCCUCUUCUAAUCAGACCUCUUUCAUUGGCUUUUCGCUCCCACAACCCAUAACUCAAUUGUUGAGUGUUCUCUUCUUCUUUCACAUAAGGGCUUUAAAGGGAGUCUUUUGUUGAAAAGCAAUGGCUGAGAAGCACCAACAACCAUCUGUGAUGCAAAAAUUUGCCGGUCAAGUCCACUUGGGCUCCAGCCUUUCCAACGAUAUUCAAAACCGCUACGCUGCUCUUCCAAGGCCUGCGGUCCAUCAAAGGCGUUUCUCGUAUGGAAAUUACUCAAAAACUGCAGCAUUGCAGUCUCCUAUGAUGCCUUCAAGCCAAGUUGAUCUGUCAAUGAUCACUUCGGCCUCAUCGCCUGUUUUUGUCCAAGCUCCUUCAGAGAAAGGAAUUGCUGGCUUUGCCAUUGAUUUUCUCAUGGGUGGAGUUUCAGCUGCUGUGUCCAAAACCGCUGCUGCCCCAAUCGAGCGUGUGAAGCUCUUGAUUCAAAACCAGGAUGAAAUGAUCAAGGCCGGUAGGCUCUCUGAACCUUACAAGGGUAUUGGAGAAUGCUUUCGCCGUACUAUCAAAGAUGAAGGAUUUGGUUCAUUGUGGAGAGGAAACACAGCUAAUGUCAUCCGUUAUUUCCCAACUCAGGCUUUGAACUUUGCAUUCAAAGACUAUUUCAAGAGACUCUUUAACUUCAAGAAAGACAGGGAUGGUUACUGGAAAUGGUUUGCUGGUAACUUGGCUUCGGGUGGUGCUGCUGGUGCCUCUUCUUUGCUCUUUGUUUACUCUCUUGACUAUGCCAGAACCCGUCUAGCAAAUGAUUCUAAGGCAGCAAAGAAGGGAGGAGAGAGGCAAUUUAACGGCUUGGUUGAUGUCUACAGAAAGACUCUAAAGUCUGAUGGUAUUGCUGGCCUUUACCGCGGUUUCAACAUUUCUUGUGUUGGUAUCAUUGUCUACCGUGGUUUGUACUUCGGAAUGUAUGAUUCUUUGAAGCCUGUGAUCCUAACUGGAAAGAUGCAGGAUAGUUUCUUUGCUAGUUUUGCUCUCGGUUGGGUUAUCACCAACGGUGCAGGUCUUGCUUCGUACCCAAUUGACACCGUUCGCAGAAGAAUGAUGAUGACAUCAGGCGAAGCCGUUAAGUACAAGAGUUCAUUCGAUGCAUUCUCUCAAAUUCUUAAGAAUGAGGGUGCCAAAUCUCUCUUCAAGGGAGCUGGUGCCAACAUCCUACGUGCUGUCGCUGGUGCUGGUGUCCUUGCCGGUUAUGACAAGCUUCAGGUCAUUGUUUUCGGAAAGAAGUAUGGUUCUGGGGGAGCUUAAACUAGUUGAAAUUGAAAGAGUUGCAUAACAACUUGGACCAGAUUUUGCCUUGGACAAUGAUGAAAAUGUUAAUUGUUUUUUCAUAGAUUUAGAGAGGUUUAUGUCUUUAAGAAUUGGUUCCUUUUUAAAAAAGGAUACUCUUUUUUUUUUUUGUUGCAUAAUCAUUGGAUUAUAAGGGCCGUUGUUGAAGGCUGCUCAACUCAUUUUGCUAGUCUUUAUUAUUAUAUUUGAUAUCAUCACCAAGUUUGGUGCAUUUUUUGA